AUGCAAAGCAGGAAUGCCUCUGUUUCGUUGGCGAAUUUGCUGCAAAAUUGCAUAGAUCAUAAAGCGUACAAGGCAGGAAAAAUAAUUCAAGCUCAGAUUUUUCGCACCGGUCAAAUUUCAAAUACUUUUCUGGUGAACCGCCUGAUUGAGCAAUAUUCAAAAUGCGGCCGUACGUCAGCCGGCCGCCGCCUGUUCGACCAAAUGCCUCUGAGAAACAUAUUCUCCUACCACGCUAUUUUAGAUUCUUACUGCAAAUUAAAUGAUGUCGAUAAUGCAUAUCAAGUGUUCGAUCAAAUGCCGGAAAAGAACUCCGUUUCUUGGAACUUGAUUAUUAGUAUGCUGUCAAGAAAUGGUCUUGAAGAUAAGGCCUUGGUGAGUUACUACGCUAUGAGGUUGAAUGGUUUCGUGCCCACCCGUUUCACGUUGGCCAGUGUUUUGAGUGCUUGUGGGGGUUUGGGCAAUGUGGAGUGUGGCAGGGAGUACCAUGGACUUGCUACCAAGCUCGGACUUAGCGCGAAUUUGUACGUUGGGAAUGCUUUGUUGGGAAUGUAUAUGAAGUGUGUUUCUAUAGAAGACGCGAUAAUGGUUUUUGAGGACUUGCCGGAGCAUAAUGAGGUCUCAUUCACUGCAAUGAUGGAGGGGUUAGUAGGAGCUGAUCACAUGGAUGAAGCAUUUGACAUGUUUAGAUUGAUGCAUCGAGAGAGGAUCAUAGAUUGUGUCUCGCUUUCAAGUGUGUUGAGUGUUUGUUCCAAAUGUGAAUUCGGUGAUGGCAAUGAGGGGAAAAGGCAUGUAAUGCACGGGGAACAGAUACAUGGACUACUUGUUAAAGUUGGUUUUUUGGGAGAUCUGCACGUAAACAAUUCGUUGCUUAACAUGUACGCGAAGCUUGGGUGUAUGGACUGUGCAGAGACAUUGUUCAUCCAGCACUGCCCAUCCAGCGCUGCCCAUCCAGCGCUGAUAAUCAAGAGUUGA